AUGAGCGCCCGAAAGCCCAUCGAUAUUUUGAUCUUUGGCACCGGUGCUGUGGGGUCCACAAUUGGCUGGAGGCUGGCCCAGAAUGCGAAUGCUAGGCUCUCUGUCGUCUGUCGGUCCAACUACGACGCGGUUAAGCAAAAAGGAAUCCAGUUAACUACCAAGAUGUGGGGCAACGGCACAUUCAUUCCUUACCGUGUCGUCCGGUCACCACGUGAGGCGUCUGAUAUGUCGUUUGACUACGUGGUCUGUGCCAACAAAGUCACUCCGUCCGAUGGUCUCUCGUUCAUCAAGGAACUGGCGCCAGCGGUGUCAGAGAGGACUUCGUUGGUUUCGGCGCAGAACGGCGUGGGCGUUGAGGCACCUUUACGCCAGGCGUUUCGCAACAACACAAUCCUAUCUGCCAUAUGCUAUAUCAGCUGUCUACAACCAGCCCCUGGUAUCAUUCAGCAGGUCUCCAACAUCCGUCCACAUGCCUUCCACGUCGGCAUAUACGACCCGCAGGAGGAUGGAGGCUCCGCUGAGACCAGGCUAAAGAAUUUUGUGGCGCUGGAUGACAGGUUCAAGCAGAUCGGUGACGCGCAAGUAGAGCGGUGGACAAAGCAGAUAUUCAAUGGAGCGUGGAAUCCGAUGGCGGCAAUUUCCGGACUAGAAACGCACCCACUCCUUGAGUCACCAUACCUCCAGACUGUACAGCAGCUGGCGAAGGAGAUGUAUGAGGUUGCGGUGAAGCAGGGCAUCUCACUGGCGAGCGACCUUCCGGCUAAGACGAUAGAGUUUGCGAGGAGCAACCCUUCGCUAGCGCCGUCCAUGUUGCAGGAUGCGCGGAUGAAUAGGCCAAUGGAAAUCGAGUCUUUGUGCGGGAACAUCUGCAGGCAGGCAGACAAGAUCGGUGUCCCGGUGCCAACUAUUAAGCUGGUCUACCACACGCUGCUGGGGAUGAACAGGCAAAUGCUUGAGUCGGCUCAGCCUUUGCCGACGCGGACACUGCCGGGGGUCAGGCGCGAGGGCAGUGUUCCGCAGAGUGUUAGGCGCAGGGACAGCGUUCCAAGAGAACUCGAAGCGGCGGCAUGCUAG